GUUCGGUUUGGUCCGGUUUAGAAUAUCCGGUUCAAUAGAAAGGUUUUUGAGGGGUUUUAACAUAAAGACGUUUCGAUUGAUCAUUUCUCUCUGGCUUGUAAAGAGAAUCGGCGGCGGCACCGAGAGAGAACCUUAAAACCCUUAAAAAGAGACAUCUUUUUCUCCUCCUGAAUCCUCCAAUUUCCAUAAGAUCCGAUCUCACUCUCUCCUGAGAGAAAAAUGGGAAUUACAUCAUCCACAGAUCCAAAAACAGAGACUUUUUCCGACCCCAAAUCUCAAAACAACGAAGAAGCUCCUCCAGCUAAAUCUGAGAAACUCGGAGAUGCGUCUCCGUCGACUCCAGCUCCAUCUGAGGAACUCGGAGAUUCAUCAACUGUUUGGAGAGACCCAGAAGAUUCCGAAUCGGAUGAAAAACCAGAAGAAGGAGGAGGAGGAGACGCAGAUGGUGAAGAGGAAGGAGAGUGUGGGUUUUGCUUGUUUAUGAAAGGAGGUGGUUGCAAAGAUUCGUUUGUUGCUUGGGAAGAGUGUGUUGAAGCAGCUGAGAAGAACAAGGAAGAUAUUGUUACUAAUUGUAUGGAAGUCACUUCGAUGUUGAAGAAGUGUAUGGAUGAACAUUCCGAUUACUAUCAGCCCAUUCUCGCUGCGGAGAAAGCUGCUGAAGCAGAGGUUAAGAAGGAGCUUGAAGCUGAGAAGAAGAAGGAAGAAGAAGAGAAGAUCUCGGAAGAGGAGGUAGCUGCGAAGAAGCAAGCUCAAGGGUAAUUUUGUUAUGGUUUCUUGUUUAUGGGAAUAUCAAAAGAUUGGAAUUUGGGGAUAAAAAUUGUUCUCUAGGAACAGAGGAAAGUUCGUUGUUAGAAUCAUAACUUAUAAGAUCCCAUUGAUGAUCAUGUUUCUUCUCUAAUUAAUAAGUUGAUUGAUUGAGGUCAUCUGAAUUCAUACUCCUUUUUAUAUGAUUCGAGAGAGAAUUUGCUCUUUAAAGGUCAUGACUUUUGUUGAGACCCAUUAAUGGUUCAGUGAAGAAAUCUUGUCUUCUUUGUGGUUUGCUAAGCUAUUUCUCAUUGGAAUGUGAUUUGUUGCUUCUGAAACAGAAAAGGUCAGACCUUUUGUAGUGAUAGCUUCUGGUUCCAGCAUUUUCUAGUUUGUCUAAAGAUCAAGUUUACUUCUAUGUUGACUCACUUUGUGCUUAAG